GGUGGAGAUGGAGGUGGACCCGGUUUCCGAGACUGAAAUGGUGUUUCGGUGACCAAACACGUUCCUUGUCGGUUCUGGGCACGAAGUUCUGAAAACGUUCCAGGAACCACGCGGGCCGAGGAUGCAUUCUUUUUGGUUGUGAGUUGAAGAAAACAUGGGAUCCACCAAGGAAAUUCACGCGAUUUUGGGUGCGCCUAUUUCUCUUUAAGGGUAAGGAAGGGUAAGGGGUUGGUCAGUUAUGUACUUGGCAGAAAGUGAUUUACCAGCAUCACUCUUCUCAUUUCACUCUGAACCUCCUUCGAUCAACUUGUCAAUUUAUAUCCCUCAACAUAAUCCAACAUGAUAACAACGUUGCUUUUCAUUUCGGUUUACUUGAGUCUGAUCGAGCAAGCUUUCUCUCAACCGCAACCGAAUAGACUCACCAGUCCUUAUCCAUCUGGUCAACUGCCUUUUCAAUCUAAUGGUAUCAGCACAAGUACCACUCCCGCAAAAAGUCUUAUCCCUGUCGCUUUAGGAGUCAUGAGUAAAUGUCCAGAUGCUCAAAUUUGUGAGGAUAUAUUUGAUCGAGUGUUAACAGAAGUGUCAAAGAAAGUAGAUCUCACAAUGGUUUACAUGGGCAAUUUUGAUGAAUCGGAACAAUAUGGUGUUCGAUGUCGACACGGUCCAAUGGAAUGUCGUGCCAAUAUUCAACAACUAUGUUACCGCGCUCAUCAUCCAAUCCUGCAACACUGGUGGUCUUUCAUUCAAUGUCAAAAUUACGCUGGACUAGCUCGAGUGGGUGAUGAAGAUCUUGCAAGAUCAUGCGCAAAAUUAAAUGGUCAUGAUUGGGAUGAAAUUCAAGGUUGCGUAGAAGGAGAUGAAGGUCUUGACUUAUUACAUGCAAGUGUUAGAGAAGCAUUACUCUUACCUGUUCUGAAGAGUUGCUCGAUUUAUAUCAAUCGUCGAAUGAUCUGUAUGCAUGAUUCAAGUUGGAAGCAAUGUCCUUCAGGUCAUACUCCUGCUGACUUCAUCAAGCUCAUUGAAAGCGAGUACAAAAAAAUCAACUCAUGAUCAUUGUCUCUAGUGAUGAUCAGCUUAACGAGAUAUUCUCAAUCAUUUAUAACAAUCUACAUAUAUUCACAAUCGCGUUAUCAUAUCCUUAUCUGAAGUAUGGGUCUAUCAAAUUGUAUUCGAUAUCUUUGUAAUUUUAACGCACAAAUUAAUCC